ACCACGCAAAAACGUCAAAUUUAGCCCAAAAAUAGUGGCACGGUUUGAGCAAAAAAGAAACUCCAAAAGUGUCGCUCGCGAUCGCCACAAACAUGGCUGCUGGUGCUUCGUUUCGCUAGUAAUACGUGCUUUUCGCCUUCGUCGUCGCUAUUUUCACGGGCAAACUCACUGGCAGUUUCUCCGCAAAGCUCGCUGGCGUUUGUCGUGCAUCUGUACGCCCGUCGUGACACGCGUACCGCGUAUCAGUCGUGAACCGUACUAGAGGAAAGAAGAUAUUGCAGUCUAGUGUUACCGACCGAAUCGACCAGACCAGACCAGACCAGAGCGCAGACCAGACCAGGCCAGGCCAGGCAACCGAGCAGCAGUGUAUGUAUAUGUAUGUAGGUUUUUUUUUCUCUACUUCGUCGAAUGCCACACCGCAUACCUUCCCAUCGGCCAGUCAGCCACAGCAAGUGUCAGCGGAAGAGUGAAUGUUGAUGAUGAUCAUGAUGAUGGCAAUGAUUGUACCGACGACUUCGGCUCCGAGACGAGCAGCAAGCUGAGCGAGCUGGGCUGUUAUCGCGAUUUUUUUUGAGAGUGCAUGAAAAAAAAUAACGAAAGAAACCCCACACGGAGAAAAGUGUAGCGCAGUUGUUGGCCGUGAGAAGAAGUUAGUGCAAAACCCGAAACGUGUUGUUUGUUGCUGUGAGGGUGUGUGAAGUUUUGUGUAGAAGGCCGUGAAAAAGGCUAUUGAUCUGUUCCUGCUGCUGCUGCUAUAGUGCUAGUGGUUGCAAAGUUAUUUCGAAAGGAAACAGCUGAUUCUACAUCCCGAGGGUGGUACCGGACGGAGAUGACUUCGAGAAGGUGGUUCCACCCAUCGGUAUCGGGUGUCGAGGCGGAAACACUCCUGCGUGAGCGGGGCUUCGAUGGAUCCUUCCUGGCCCGGCUCUCGUCGUCCAGUCCGGGUGCCUUCACGUUGUCGGUUCGACGAGGUCAGGAGGUGACCCACAUCAAGAUCCAGAACAAUGGCGAUUUCUUCGAUUUGUAUGGAGGAGAAAAGUUUGCCACCUUGUCCGAGUUGGUUCAGUAUUAUAUGGAAAAUGGGGGUCAGUUGAGGGAGAAGAACGGGCAAAUCAUCGAACUAAAGCAGCCGCUCAUCUGCGCACAACCUACGACGGAAAGAUGGUUCCACGGUAAUCUGUCCAGCAAGGAGGCGGAACGGUUGAUCCUGGAACGGGGCAAGAAUGGCUCCUUUCUAGUGCGCGAAUCUCAGAGGAAACCGGGCGACUUUGUGGUAUCCGUGCGGACCGAGGACAAAGUGACACACGUGAUGAUUCGGUGGCAUGAGAAGAAAUACGACAUCGGUGGAGGCCAGCAGUUCUCCACCCUGUGCGAGCUGAUCGAGCACUACAAACUGAACCCGAUGGUGGAAACCUGCGGCACGGUGGUGCACCUGCGGCAACCGUUCAACGCGACCCGGAUCACGGCCGCCGGGAUCGAUGCCCGGGUCGAGCAGCUGCAGCGGGAGAACGGCAGCCACUGCUACGGCAAAGGUGGCUUUUGGGAGGAAUUUGAAUCUCUACAGCAGCAGGAGUGCCGGCACACGUUCUCCCGCCGCGAGGGCCAGCGGAACGAAAACCGGGUCAAGAAUAGAUAUAAGAACAUUUUACCAUUUGACCACACCCGGGUGAAGCUGAAAGACGUGGACAGUUCCGUCCCGGGGGCGGAGUACAUCAACGCCAACUACAUCCGGCAGCCGACGGAGGCGGAACAGAAUGACAUGAACUCCUCUUCGGAGAACCUAUCCCAGCAGGGACAACAGCAGAACAAUAACUCGACCAGUAAUAUCACCGGGAGCAACGCAACGACCUACGCCAGCAUCAACCAACAGCCGACCAGAAACUGUCAGAGCUGUCAGCUGCUGAACAAACCCUGCUCCCAGUGUUCCAUGAAAGCGAAUGAGUCCAAACACAAAAGGAACGAAUCUAUCACGUCCCGCCUGCAGCUACAAGCGGCUGCCCAGCAAAACCAAUCCAAGGGUUCCCUGCUGGUGGGCGGUGGUGGUGGCGGCGGCGGCUGCGGCCGGGACGAGAAGGAUCUCUUCAAGACGUACAUUGCGACGCAGGGCUGUCUGGCCAACACGAUACAGGACUUUUGGAACAUGAUCUGGCAGGAGAACACACGCGUGAUAGUGAUGACUACCAAAGAAAUCGAACGGGGCAAGAAGAAGUGCGAAAAGUACUGGCCCGAUCCGCAGCAAACCCGCGAGUGGGGUCCGGCUAAGGUGACCUGUCUGAGCGAAACCAGCACCGCGGAUUACACGCUGCGGGAGUUUCUGCUGUCGUGGCGAGGGCAGGACGAGCGGAAAAUCUUCCAGUACCACUUUCAGGUGUGGCCGGAUCACGGCGUACCAUCCGAUCCGGGUUGUGUGUUGAACUUUCUGCAGGACGUGAAUGCCCGGCAGGAGCAGCUGCAGCUGGAGGGGUUGGCACCGGGUCCGAUCUGCGUGCACUGUUCGGCUGGAAUUGGUCGCACCGGGACGUUCAUUGUGAUCGAUAUGAUACUGGACCAGAUCGAUAGAGAAGGACUCGACUGCGAGAUCGACAUCCAGCGGACAAUCCAGAUGGUUCGCUCGCAGCGCUCCGGCAUGGUCCAGACGGAGGCCCAGUACAAGUUUGUGUACUUUGCCGUGCAGCACUACAUCCAGACGCUGUGUCAGCGCAAGCGAGCCGAACAGCAGAGCCUCCAGGUCGGCCGGGAGUACACCAACAUUAAAUAUGCAUGUGAUAGCAGUGAACUGCAGCGUUCGCCUCUGCCGGCAUCCUUGUCGACACUUAGCCUAAACACUAGACAAGACUUGCAAAACAAUCGCUCGCAUAAUCACACCACUAGGUCUACGUCUGACUCACAAUUACCACUACCGAGGGCUGUGACUGACUUGAUUAAUGCUUCAUCAGUAUAUGAGAACAUUCCCAAAGAUUCACGACCACCACCAACACCACCAAGGAAAUCAUGACAGAUGGAUUUUUAAGGCCACCCCUACAUCCAACCACAGAGAGAAAGGAAGACAGCGAGUGAGAGAGAGAUAGAAGUUACAACACGAAAAAGAUGGCACGUAUAGUAAGGCAAAAAGUGAACGCAUGCAAAAAAUAAACGAAAACAAACAUGGCUGAUAAAUCGUAAGAUGCUUCUAAAUCAAUGUACCUCUCGAAGCGAACAUGAAAAACCUAUGAUGAAACUACACUUGAAACACGGCACAGGUGGACAGUUAAAUGGAGUGGAUACGCUUUUGGCAAAGUGACAGGAAUCUGACUGUUAACGUUGAUCACUGUCAACUUCCGUCAAAGAUUGUGUUUUUUUCCCGGAUACCGGACUGAAGAUCUUGUUACUUUCUUUGUUUCAUUAACCGAUCGACACAAUGUCAUAAUCAAUGUAAAGAAAAGUAGAAUAUACAAAAUAAAUGGCAUUUUCGUUUUUGACAUUGCACUACACUGGUGUAAUACCAACUACACUCGAACAAAGUGAGGUUUGUAAUAGGUCCAUCUCUAGACCACAUUACGAAAACGAAAACGCUAUCAAACAGAGCAAAAAGCAACGGUCUAAUGCAAGCACAGGUAUUGCGCGGAAUGUCGAUAAUUGUGUGCGAGAAAGUGAGAGCUAUAUGUACUCCCUUAGGUUUAAUGGGGGGUAAACAUGUGUCAACUCAACGUGCGACAAGGUCUCAGAUUAGAAAAGAAAAGAAGCGAAAAAACUAAAUUAUUGUAUCUAGUCUAACAAAUUUUUCUUGCGAAGAAUACGAAGAAGAACGAUCGAGCCCCACUUUUCCCCUUUCGCUCGAUGACUGAACGGAGUCGCGUAAAAUAAACAAUCAAUUCUAAGCUUUAUGUGGUAGGCCAAUCAUCCGCCGGGCAGCGACUGCCACCGGCGGAUAGGAUACACAGAUAAAAACGCGCGCUCGCGCAUUGUCCGCGUUCAGUCUAUGCACGGGGAGAGGGGUAGCUCCUGCAAAAUGGACAGACACUCGGAUAAAUAAGCUACAAAUGUGAUUUAAACAAAACUAAACAAACCAAGUGCGACACGGAAGAGCUGGAGAACAGUGCGAAUCGAUAGGAAAGUGCGCACCUUAAAUAUUAAAAAUUGAGAGACCGAAUUCGAUGUUUUUUAUUAUUGUUGUUAAGUUUCGCUGCUGCAAAAGAAUGAGAAUUACCCGAACUAGAUUCGUUAAAAGUUAGAUCGUUAAGCUGUAUCGCACCCAACUACUUUUUUAUGUUACGAUUCUCUUUUGUUUUUUUUUGUGUUGGAGAGCAGCACCAGACCAGAAACAGGAAGGAAAGGAGUGAAAAUAAGGUUUUAUUGUAAUGUUCUAUGUUGUAUAACAAUUGCAAGCAAAAACUGAAAGAAUAUAUCAUUACACACAUCGUU